AUGUCUGCUUCCAACCACCCCGAAGAUGAGAUGGACGACAACCUCCUCGACGCCGAGGAGGUGGGCGAGGAGGUGGCCAACGAAGACGAUCUCGCCAUGGACUCCGACAACGAGGAGCUCAUCCUACACAACGACUCCAUUGCCUUCUUCGACCUGGCCCAGGACUCGCUCUUCACCAUUGCGCAGCACCCUGUCCACCCUUCUCUGAUCGCUGUCGGCGGUUCUGCUGGCGAGGCCGAAGAUGCCCCUGGCGCCGGCUGGCUAUUCGACUCCUCGGCCGCUCAAUCACGGCCCGUCCUUCCUGCGAGCUAUGCCAGCGAUCCCUCUGCCCAGCAGCCCCAGACGACUCAGCUCGAGAGCCUGUAUUCUCUACAGGGUCACACAGACUCCAUCAACACCUUGGCCUGGACGCUUCCUCAGGGCGAAGUCCUGGUCAGUGGCGGCCUGGACGGCAGAAUAAAGGCUUGGAAGACCGACGUUCAGCCAUCCGCGGGCCUCAAGGUCACUCUGCUCGGAGAGGCGCAAGAGGUUGAGGAGAUCAACUGGAUUGCGCCCUGCCCUUCGCCUUCAAAUCCCAACGCCAUCGCCCUGGGCGCCAACGACGGCUCCGUAUGGGUCUACACAAUUGAUCCCUCCGAUUCAUCCAACCCUCUUCAGAUUGUUCAGUCCUAUUUCCUGCACACAGCCUCUUGCACGGCCGGAGCGUGGACUGCUGAUGGCCAGUUCCUGGCUACUGUUUCCGAAGACAGCAGCUUAUACGUCUGGGAUGUAUGGGGGCAAGCCGCCGCCCAGGGUCUUGCCAACGACAAUGGCAUGACGGUAGUAUCACUAACCGGCGAGGAUCAGCGUUUCGAGGUUGAGGGCGGCUUGUACUCCAUCGCCAUCGACCCCAAGGGCAACUUCGUCGCAACUGGUGGUGCUGGUGGUGCCAUCAGGAUUGUUUCUCUCCCCCGUCUUACAAGAACGGCUCCGGCCAGAUCACAAGGCCGGGGCGGCAAAUCUGCCGCUGACCCCAGCACUGGUGGACAAAUUCUAGCCGCGCUACACGCCCAGUCCGACAGCGUUGAGUCGCUUGCUAUAUCAGUUGCUUCAACGAACCCACCUACUAUCCUGCUUGCUGCUGGCUCUGUUGAUGGAUCAAUCACCGUCUUUGACGCCACACGUCGUUUUGCCAUCAGAAAGAACCUCGUCGGAGCGCAUGAAGAGCACUCUGUUGUCAAGCUCGAGUUUGUGCCCAACUCAUGGCUGCUCACAAGCUGUGGCAUGGAUGGCGUGGUGCGAAGAUGGGACCUGCGCGUCAGUGGAACAACAGGCAGUGCUGAAGGAGGUGCUACGGGCUUGUUGAAGGAGUGGAGAGGCCACAGGGGUGAUGGUGAGGGAGGUGGCGUCUUGGGAUUCGUCCAGGGACAGACUGGCGAAAGAGUGGUGACUGCUGGCGAUGAUGGUGUUUCAUUGGUUUUCGAGGCAUAA